AUGGAGGGUGGACGAACAGGGAAAAGGAAGAGCGAAGGGUUCACUGACGUAUACCCUGAGACUGUCAGCUCCACAGCUGAUGUGGAAGUUCCCCUCUGUAAGAAGUUCCCCAAUGUACCAGAACCGGCUGGGGUCCCUCUGGCUGCACCUUCCUCCCUUCACACAGCUGCCGCCCCUACCAGGAGACGUCACCGGACUACCUUCAGCCAGGACCAGCUAGAUCACCUGGAGGCAGCAUUUGCAAAAAACCAUUACCCUGAUAUUUACUGCCGAGAGGAGCUGGCCAGGGCUAUCAAACUCAAUGAGGCUCGCAUCCAGGUUUGGUUCCAGAACCGGCGAGCCAAGCAGCGAAAGCAGGAACGAGCGCUGCCCAAACCAGGCACCCCUGGUGUCCUCUGUCCCCUGCCUACACCCCUAUCUCGACAGUACCAAUAUCCCCCCACUCUUGGGUCACAUCAUCACCUGCCUCGCUUUCCCUCCACCUACACUCUGCCACCCCCACCUCCCCCUGCUACUUCUGCCCAGUUUUCCUGUCCUGCCCCCCACCACCCUCAACCCUCCCAUGCUCACGAAGACUGGUACAGCCCACUGCGCUCCACAGCUGCUCCGCCACCUCCUGUGCUCUCUCUGACUCUCGACCCCAGCACCCACUGGAACUAAGAGCUCUUUCUCUGCAGCAGAUUGACAUGGUGCAGGAACACAGGGCAGAGGAAAUUAUCAUAAAGAUACCCAAAGAUGUGCAUCGUUGUCUUGUUUAUUCUGCUGGUAGUGGCUUCCAUUAAGCAAUUGUGCUGCAUGAGCUUGACUGUUCCAGUGAUAAACAACAACAACAACAACACACACACACACACACACCACUGCCAAACAGUGAUAUGCAUGGUAUCUGAAGAACAAGCUCAGUGUAACACCCUGUUUAAGCUACGUCAACGUAUCUGCUGAAGAACCCCUGCCCCUUUGCUACAAAACCCUUGUGCUUCUCAAAGUCUUCUGGAAUGGAGAGAGAGGACUUGGUCCAUGUAAGGUGCUGCCCAGGCCAGUUGGGCCAAACAUUCACAUGAACAACUUAGGGAGCAACCUAGAGCCCCAAACUUCUCAGUAUCUGC